AUGGAUUCUAUUUUUGAGGAAGGUAACACAAACGCUGUAAUUGAUGUAACAGAUGAAGGCACAUUUCGUAGAAUUGUCGAAUCUGAUGAUCAACUUAGGCUUACAUUGCAAGAUGUACGCGAGGAUAAUCAUCAGACUGCCGAAAAUGAUCUAACAGCAGCUAAAGAUUACCUCAAGCGCAUUUUGGUUCAAUUCCGAUUGAACGAAAGACAAAAAACGCUUGUACUCUCGUUAUAUAAUACGUUCAUCAAUAAGGAAUCAGACAUCUUUGAGAACGAUCUGAUGGACGAGGCACAAAAUUAUGCUUGGGAAGAGAUCUCGCAUAGAAUUGGAGAAAAAUCCAUCCUUGCGGAAAUAGCAUUACGCUUGUUAUGUUCAUCUCCUUCGGAGGCAACAUGUGAACGUAAUAUCAAAGCACAAAGGUUAAUUUUGAACGUUAGGCGGUUAAGAUCCAAGAAAAACUUGUUAAAUAGCCGUCAUAUCUUAAUGGCAACUAAAUGA